AUACCCGAAGCACCACCGGCCUCUUCACCGUGGCACUCAAAUGGCCAGAGCUGGAGUCCAUUGGCCAUAAUCGGCAUUGUGGCCGCAGUUGUAUUCCUCCUCAUGUGCAUCCCCAUCAUCGCUCUCCUCCUUCGGCGUUUUGAGAGUAGACGAUGCCGUGAGAUGCCGAAACCCACGCACGGGUUCGAAAGUAAAGAGGGCAGUGUCAAAGACAGCGAGAGUUGGAAGAGCAUUCUGGUGACCAGAGAGAUGCAAAGAGUCAGCUUGAAACUUACGAAGCUGGAGGAAGUGCAUUUGCAGGGGAGAGGGUGGACGAAAGCGGAAGUGAGGGGUGGGGAG